AUGUCCUUCAAGCUUAACCUCAAAAGAGGAGGUGCCAAAGGUCGUCGAAAAGCUAAUGGAGGCAAAGUCGAUUUCAGUGAUGGUACUAAAGAUGGCCCAGCCAAAGUGACGAUCGACAGCUACGAUGAUCAGGGUGCUAAAAGCAACGAUGUCGCCGUGGAUGCGGUAACUCCACUAGUGAUAAAGCCCCAACAACACGUCACCAGUUUGAUCCAGGCCAAACGGACUCGACGAGUGGUUGAAGCAGAAGAAACUGCUGAGGAUAAAAACAUGGCUCGGCUAUUACUGGACACUAAUCCCAAUAAGGAACAAAACCAACCACGUAUCGAGGCUAAGGGACUCACCAUCAGUGUUACAGAAGACAAUGCCACUUCAGAUAACUCUGACGAUGAUUAUAACCAGGUCCCCGUCGAGGAUUUUGGUGCUGCCAUGCUUCGAGGCAUGGGGUAUACCGAAGAUGAGGAAGAUAAACAAACAGAGACUCCCGCGUCCAAAUUGGCUCAAAUCCUCAAAAAGCGUCAACGAGGCCAAGUAUUAGGUAUUGGUGCUAAGCCGUUAGACGCUGAUCUCCAUCGGAACGUGUUUGGUGAACGGGGAGAUAAGCUUGAAGUGGCAUUAGUCAAGCGACCGAAAAAGGAUACUACGUCGUCAUAA